GUCGCCGUGCAUGGCGCUAUACGGAACUGCAGCGCUUCGGUCCGCCGCGCAUCAGAGCUCCAUUCAAACCUGCAGCCAAAGGGGAAGCACACUCUGCAUGCAGCCGGCGGGGAAAGACAACCAUUAAAAGAGAAAGCUGCAUUGUGGGAACAUAAGGAAGGGAGGAGUGGAGAGAAGCAGACACACCCUGCUUUUCUUGGUCACGCCACUCGGUCCGCCGUUCAUCCACUGUUUAGAAGCUGCCGGAACCGGGCUGGGGGCGGGCAGGAGCACGUCACUCCGCAGCUGGUAACCCGGGAGUGUUGAAGCCUCUGUAGCUUAAUGUGGAAAAUUCUGCGACAGCUGCGAUGUUCAGCAGGAAAAAGCUUCGAGAUGGAGAGCGAGAAAAAGAGACGGAGCGAGGGAACAAAACGAGUGUGCCAUCGCCAGCGCCACUUCGUGGUGGCGUGAGACCAGCGUCAGGGAGAGAGGAGACGCAGACACCUCCUCCUGAAGCUCAAUGUCCAUCAGAGAUCAGACUGGUGCUGCUGGGGAGGAAGGGGGCGGGGAAAAGUUCUGCGGGAAAUACCAUCCUGGGUAUCAAGGAGGGGGGGUUCACCUGCGGCAGCCCAACGGAGGUGUGCAUGGAGAGGUGGGCCGAUGUGGCUGGAAGACGCGUAGUCAUCGUUGACACCCCCGGGUGGGAGUGGUAUUACCCUCUCAACGGCACGCCCGAUUGGGUGAAAUGGGAGACGGUGCGGAGCGUGACCCUUUCCCAGCCUGGACCCCACGCCCUGCUGUUGGUGGUUCGAGCCUGCGCUUCGAUGGAUGGGAUGUACCUGAAGGCGAUCCAGGAGCACAUGGAGCUCCUCGGGGAGGGGGUCUGGAAGCACACCCUGGUGCUCUUCACCCAGGACGACAAUCCGGAUGACUCCACCAUAGAAGGCAGGAUCCGUAAGGGCGGGGCGGACUUCCAGCUCCUGGUGGAGAAAUGCGGGAACAGGUGGCACGUCCUCAACAGCAAGGCCAGGGGACGCGACACCACCCAGGUGGUGGAGCUGCUGCGGAAGGUGGAGCAAAUGGUGGCUGCAAAUGGCGGCGCUCCUCUGGAGAUGGAGCAGGUCCAUCAGCGCCUGGAGCAGGAGGACAGGGGGUGGCGCCCUCGAGAGGAGAGGCGGAACCAGAGGCUACUAGAAGUGAGGAAGCUAGGAGAAUCCUUGCAAGAGAUAUUUGCUGGCGAUGGGUCCCUUGUUACCUGGAGAGAGGAGGUAGAGGCACGUUGGCCCCCAGGGCGUGGCCGCCGCCUCCCGGACUUGCGGGUGGUGCUGCUGGGCGAGCGGGAGACCGGAAAGACCUUGGCGGGAAGCGCCAUCUUGGGCGGAGUUUCAUUCCAGGCCGGGAGGGUUACAGAGGAGUGCCUCAGCGCACAGGCUGAGGUGGCGGGACGUUGGGUCACCGUAGUGGACACGCCCGGCUGGGAGUGCAAUAGGACCCCCGAGAGGGUCCGGCACGAGAUCCGGAGGAGCGUGACUCUGUGCCCGCCCGGACCCCACGCCCUCCUACUGGUCGUAGGCGUGGACUCCGACAUCACCGAGCAGGCAGCGACGGAGCACCUGGGGCUUCUGGGUGAGGAGGCCUGGAGGUACGCCCUGGUCCUGUUUACGGGCAAGGACAAACUGAGGCGGGGCGUCACCAUCGAGCAGCACGUCCAGAGUUCGGGGAAAGCCAGCCAGCUCGUGAAGAGGUGCGAGGGCAGGUACCAUGUCAUCAACGGCAUGGAGCCAGGUAACACCGCGCAGGUGACCAGGCUUCUGGAAAAGGUGGAAGAUCUGGUGGCGGGAAAUGGCGGUCAGCCAUUUACGCCUCUGACGCAGGAGAUAAGAGAACUGGUGAGAAAGAAGGACGAGAGAUGUAAGGAUGUGACGGAAAUGAAAAGGAAAAGCCGGUGGAGUUUUGAGAGGAAACCCAAGGAAAGGGACAAAAUGGAGGGAAAGCCAGAGAUGGGGAGAGAGGAAGAGGAGGAGAGAAGGCAGACAGAGAUGAGGAAGCUUCUAGACAAAGGAUUAAAGAUGGAGAUACAGGAAGCGAAAGAGAAAAACGACAGAAUCGUGGCAAUUCUUGACCAGGAGUACAAGCUAAGAGAGGGGUAUAUCAAGGUUGAAAAUGAGCUAAAAAUAGAAGAGAAAGAGAUGGAGAUCAAAGCCCUGAAAGAGAAAAAUGAAGAGAUAAUUCAGAAUACAAAUACAGAAAUAGUGAAUAAAAAUACAGAAAUAGUGGAGCUGAAUAAACUGAACCAAGAGAAAACAAAAGAGUUGCAGAAAAGAGAAGCAGAAAUCAAAGAAAAGAUUCAGAAGCACGACCUUGAAACAGAAGAACUGAAACACAGGAAUGCAACGAAAGAGAGAGAAUUCUGCAACUUGCAGCAAACGUAUAAGGAAAAAGAGAGGGAAGUGGAGGAAUUACAACACAGACUUCAGGAGAGAGAGCAACACACUGAGGUUCUGAAGCAGGACUUUGAAAAGAAGCAGCAACAGAGAGAAGAGGUGUGGAGAGUGGAAAAUGAGAAGAUGAAGAAUCAGGUGAAGGAGACAACAGAGAUGUAUGAGAAGAAAAGAAAAGGGAGAGACCAAGAGAUUGGAGAGCUGAGGAAAAAUUAUGAGGAGAAAAUGAGAGAAAUUAACACAAAAAAUGAGGGAAAACUAAGAGAGCAAGAAAAAGAGAUCCGAAAUAUAGAAGGGGUGCUCAGGGAAAAAGACAAGAAGAUGGAAGACAUAAAACAGCAUUAUGAAGAGGAAUUGAGGAAGACACAGUUGGAGAUAAAACUGAAGAAUGAGGAGAAAGAGAGUGAGGAAGAGAGAAGCAGACAGAUUUUGACAGAAAGAGAAGCUCAGCUUGAGCUGAAUGAUCAAAGAAUUUCAGAGCUGAUGGAUCAAGCACAGGAAAAUGAAAAAAGAGCAAAAGUGACAGAAAAGAGACUGAAGGAUGAACUGAGGAAGAAAGCAGAGGAGCUGGAACAGAAAAUGAAGGAGAAGGAGAAGGAGGUAGAGGAAAUGAAGCGAAGGUAUGAACACAGUGAAAGCCAAAGAGCAAAGCUAGAGGUCAUGAUUGAGCAGUUAAAGACUGAGUCAGCAGAACUGGUGGAAAGAAUUCACAUAACUGUGAAAGAGAGGGAUGAGAUUAAAGAGCAGCAUGGAAAGAAAGAGCUACAGACGGAGGAAGAUGUGAUGGGAGUGGUCAGAGAAAAAGACAAGGAGUUAAAAGACAUGAAGAUGGAAAUGAAUGAAUUACAGAGGAAAUAUGAUGAGAAAGAGAGAGAAAUUGACCAAAUGAGACACAUUGUUGAAGAAAAGGAGGAGAAAAUGUCAGCUUCUCUGCAGAAAUAUGAGGAAGACCAAAAACAGAGAGAAGAGGAAUGGAAAGAGAAAUAUGAAAAGAUGCAGGAGGAGAUGGAGGAGGUAAAACAGAUGGAUGAAGAGAAAAGGAAAGUAAGAGAGACAGAGAUAGACUCAGUCCUGGAGGAGAAAGAAACAAUGAUUAAUGAACUAAAACAAAAGAAUGAAGAGAGCGAGAGAAACUUGGUUUGCCUUGAAGAAAGUUAUGAGAACUUUCGUCUGGAGAGAGAUGGAAAGAUUGAGGAGAUGAAAAAGAGGUAUGAGGACUACAGGAAAGAAAAAGAGGAGCAGAGAAAGAGGGCUGAGAAGACAGAAAUGGAGAUGGAGCGUAGAAAUGACAUGCAGGAGAGAUAUAUCGAAGAAAUGAAAGAAAGAAAUGAGAAGAAAGACAAAGAGAUGGAAAUCAUAAAGCAGCAUUAUGAAGAGGAACUGAGUAAGAUACAGUUGGAGAUGAAACUGAAGGAUGAGGAGAAAGAGAGGGAGGCAGAGAGAAGCAGACAGAUUUUGACAGAAAGAGAAGCUCAGCUUGAGCUGAAUGAUCAAAGGAUUUCAGAGCUGAUGGAUCAAGCACAGGAAAAUGAAAAAAGAGCAAAAGUGACAGAAAAGAGACUGAAGGAUGAACUGAGGAAGAAAGCGGAGGAGCUGGAGGAGAAAAUGAAGGAGAAGGAGAAGGAGGUAGAGGAAAUGAGAGAGAAGUAUGAACACAGUGAAAGCCAAAGGGCAAAGCUAGAGGUCAUGAUUGAGCAGCUAAAGACUGAGUCAGCAGAACUGGUGGAAAGAAUUCACAUAACUCUGAAAGAGAGGGAUGAGAUUAAAAAGCAGCAUGGAAAGAAAGAGCUACAGACGGACGAAGAUGUGAUGGGAGUGGUCAGAGAAAAAGACAAGGAGUUAAAAGACAUGAAGAUGGAAAUGAAUGAAUUACAGAGGAAAUAUGAUGAGAAAGAGAGAGAAAUUGACAAAAUUAGACACAUUGUUGAAGAAAAGGAGGAGAAAAUGUCAGCUUCUCUGCAGAAAUAUGAGGAGGAACAAAAACAGAGAGAAGAGGAAUGGAAAGAGAAAUAUGAAAAGAUGCAGGAGGAGAUGGAGGAGGUAAAACAGAUGGAUGAAGAGAAAAGGAAAGUAAGAGAGACAGAGAUAGACUCAGUCCUGGAGGAGAAAGAAACAAUGAUUAAUGAACUAAAACAAAAGAAUGAAGAGAGCGAGAGAAAAUUGGUUUGCCUUGAAGAAAGUUAUGAGAACAUUCGUCUGGAGAGAGAUGGAAAGAUUGAGGAGAUGAAAAAGAGGUGUGAGGACUACAGAAAAGAAAAAGAGGAGCAGAGAAAAAGGGCUGAAAAGACAGAAAUGGAGAUGGAGAAUAGAAAUGACACGCAGAAGAGAUAUAUCGAAGAAAUGAAAGAAAGAAAUGAGAAGAAAGACAAAGAGAUGGAAAUCAUAAAGCAGCAUUAUGAAGAGGAACUGAGUAAGAUACAGUUGGAGAUGAAACUGAAGGAUGAGGAGAAUGAGAGGGAGGCAGAGAGAAGCAGACAGAUUCUGACAGAAAAAGAAGCUCAACUUGAGCUGAAUGAUCAAAGAAUUUCAGAGCUGAUGGAUCAAGCACAGGAAAAUGAAAAAAGAGCAAAAGUGACAGAAAAGAGACUGAAGGAUGAACUGAGGAAGAAAGCAGAGGAGCUGGAACAGAAAAUGAAGGAGAAGGAGAAGGAGGUAGAGGAAAUGAGAGAGAGGUAUGAGCACAGUGAAAGCCAAAGGGCAAAACUAGAGGUCAUGAUUGAGCAGCUAAAGACUGAGUCAGCAGAACUGGUGGAAAGAAUUCACAUAACUGUGAAAGAGAGGGAUGAGAUUAAAGAGCAGCAUGGAAAGAAAGAGCUACAGACGGACGAAGAUGUGAUGGGAGUGGUCAGAGAAAAAGACAAGGAGUUAAAAGACAUGAAGAUGGAAAUGAAUGAAUUACAGAAGAAAAAUGAUGAGAAAGAGAGGGAAAUCGACAAACUGAGACAUAUUAUCGAGGAAAGGAAGAAGGAAAUCACGGUUUCUCUGCAGAAAUAUGAGGAAGACCAAAAACAGAGGGAAGAGGAAUGGAAAGAGAAAUAUGAAAAGAUGCAGGAGGAGAUGGAGGAGGUAAAACAGCUGGAUGAGCAAAAAAGGAGGGUGAUAGAGGAGAUAGACUCAGUCCUGGAGGGGAAAGAAAAAUUGAUCAAUGAACUAAAACAAAAGAAUGAAGAGAGUGAGAGAAAUUUGGUUUGCCUUAGAGAGGAGUAUGAAAAGAAAGAGAGGGAGAUUAAGGAGAUGGUAAAAACCCAUGAAAUGGAGCUAAACCAGAAAGAGUCUGAAUUUUACCACAAGCUCAAAGUGACUGAGGAUCAGCUCAAAGAGCUACAACUGAGGUACAUGGGGAAAGAACUGAAAAUGGCAGACAUCAGGGAAAGAGAAGAAGACAAUAAGGAGGACAUCACUCUGCAUUAUGUGAAAGAGGACGAAAUCUCACAAAUUCAGACGGAGAUGGAUAAAGUAGUCCGGCAUAAGAACAAACACAGCAUAACAACCAUACAUGAAGAAGAAGAGAACAAAGUUAAAGCCAGUCAAGGCAACACUACAGCAUUACAUAUAAAAGCAGGUGAGACAGAGGAGGGGGUAGCAGGGGUUGUAAAAGAGAAGCAGGAGAUAAGAGAAGAUGAUUCUGAUCCCAGUGAGAGGGAAGGACAGGGUGAAGUCAUCAAACAGAAGAACGAAGAGCAGGAGAAAGAGGUGGACAAGCCCAAAUGGAAGAAAGAGAGACACAGAGCAAAGGAAGGGUCAAAUGAGAAGAAUCUCAACCAUUGCGGAGACAAUGAGAGAGUCAAUGACCUCUUGCCGACCGAGGAGAUGAGAGAGAGGAGGAUUUCCAAAAGAGAGAGAAAGGACGCUCAGAAGGAGAGGAGGACACAGAAUGCUGUGACUGGGCAGAGAGCAGGUUGUAAGGAAAGAAGCUUCCAGAAACAGGCGAAGGAGAUAAGAGGGAGUGGGAAACUGAGAAAGGAGACAGAGCUUAAUGUGCCUAAACCAUUUCAAAGCGUGAGCCCUAAUAAACCAGCUGGCGUGAUUGCUGAAGGUAGCCCUGAACAGCCUCCCACUACAGUUUCCCCAACAUUCCCACUGUCUCCAGGGUCUCCCAGUCAGGCCUAUACAGCAUUCCCAUCAUUCCCAGAGUAUCCCGGGCUGUCUGAGCUGAGGCUGGUUCUGCUGGGAGAGAGCUGGGCCUCUAACAGCUCGGCCGGAAACAGCAUCCUGGGAGAAAUGGAGGCCGUGGCAGAGGAGGGCGCGGUGAGGCGGGGCCAGGCGGCGGGGAGGCGGGUCUCUCUCGUGGAAGUGACAGGGUCGAGGUGGCACCUCGGGGGCGAGGCCGUGGGCGACGCCCUGCGCGAAGCGGCCCAGUGCUCGCCGGGCCCCCACGCCUUCCUCCUGGUCAUCCCGGCGUACCUCUCCUUCACGGCCAGCUACGGCCGGGCGGUGAGGCGUCACAUGGCCGCGCUCGGCGAGCGGGCGUGGCGGCACACGCUGGUGCUGUUCACCUGGGCGGAGGCUCUGGGGGAGAGCGUCGAGCAGCACGUUCUGAGGAGCGAGGGCCUCCGCAGGCUGGUGCACAGGUGCGGGAACAGGUACCACACCCUGCACAGCUGGAGGAACGCCGGUCAGGUCUCCCUGCUGCUGGAGAAGGUGGAGGAGAUGGUGGCGGAAAACCGGGGCGGGUUCUACUGCUGGGGGGCGUCAGAGGAAGAGGAGAAUAAGGAUGAGGAGGAGGCGGAGCUAGAGGAGGAGGAGGAGGAGGCAGAAGGAAGAGUUGAGCUAGAGAAGCUCACAGAAGCAGACAGGACAGCUGGAGAAAGGAAGGAAUGGAGUGAGACAAAAUGGCAAGAAAAGAAAAGCAAUGGUGAGGAGGAAACAAGAGAGACAAAUGAGUAUAGGAUUGUGGAGAGACUCGAUGAAUUUUCUGAUUCAAGCAUUGAAAGAGUACAGGAAAUGGAGCUAGAGGAAAAAAUGAGGGACCAAGAGGAGGACCAGGUGUUGUUCUGCAAUCCACCCACAGAGCCGCAGACACCAGUGCAGAACCAUAGACCACCCUGCUCUUUACUUUGAUCUGCAAUAGACACAUGCAAUAAGUUAAAGGGAGCUCAGCUCAAGUUAAUUUGAGUUUCAGAAUUAUUCAUCGAUAGAAUGAAAAUCUGUUUCUGGUGUUAUUGGUUCAUUGGUUCCUUUUGAUACAGUUCUCCAUGAUACUAUGCUCAGCACAUUUUAAAGCUCUUUAACGUGUUCCAUGAACUACUAGUUAGUUUUUUCAAUUCCAUUUUUUUCCUGUGUGCCUUUCUUAUUGUUGCCAAAGAAUAGUUUGUUAUAACCAAUGAUUAUUUAUUGUAAAUAUGAAAUAUUUUAAUUUUGUAAAUAUGAAAAAAAUAAUUUUGUGAAGGCUUUAUUGAGAGAUUUUAUUCACAGAUAUAUUGUUGCCCUUUGAAUGUGAUCGUUGUGAAAUAAAAAGCUAAUAAUUACCAUCUCA